AAGGCUUUACUUUCUAGUAGUGCAUUUUUGUUUAAAACCCCAAAGCUUGGCAAGCUCUAAUCCUCUGAUUUUUCGGACUAGUUUCUCUUAAGCCAUUGAACGCACAGGUACGGAGAGAAUCGAAGCACGGGAAAAUAUCAGUACCAGAAGAAACUAGUCUCGAGUCUCAGCACAUAACUGCGGAUUAGGGUUUCGUUGCUGGAAAGGAAGGGAAAGGGAAGAAAUUUAGCUUUUUAUCACUGUUAUUGCCCUCAUAUCUAUAAGCAAUUUUUUUUGUUCUUUCACUACAAUACUUUGUGGGUCCUGAUCAAGCAGUGAAAAUGUCGAGAAGAGGGUUAAUGGAACAGGACCUGGCAAAGUUGGAUGUUGCCAAGCUGCAUCCACUUUCCCCAGAAGUCAUUUCUCGCCAGGCUACUAUAAACAUUGGCACAAUUGGGCAUGUGGCACAUGGAAAAUCAACCGUGGUUAGAGCCAUAUCUGGUGUCCAGACAGUCCGUUUCAAAAAUGAAUUGGAAAGGAACAUCACUAUUAAGCUGGGAUAUGCAAAUGCAAAAAUAUACAAAUGUGAAGAUGAUCGCUGCCCACGACCAAUGUGCUACAAGGCAUAUGGUAGUGGAAAGGAAGACAGUCCUUUGUGUGAUGUCCCUGGAUUUGAAAAUGCACGCAUGAAGCUUUUAAGACAUGUUUCAUUUGUUGAUUGCCCGGGUCAUGAUAUUCUCAUGGCUACUAUGCUAAAUGGUGCUGCUAUUAUGGACGGUGCAUUGCUUUUGAUUGCAAGUAAUGAGAGCUGUCCUCAGCCUCAAACUUCAGAGCACCUUGCGGCUGUAGAGAUAAUGCGCCUUCAGCAUAUUAUUAUUCUACAGAACAAAAUUGACCUGAUCCAGGAGAGUGUAGCUAACAACCAGCAUGAGGCGAUUCAGAAAUUUAUUCAGGGUACCAUUGCUGAUGGAGCUCCGGUUGUACCAAUAUCUGCACAACUGAAGUACAACAUUGAUGUCGUAUGUGAAUACAUAACAAACAAGAUUCCUAUUCCUGAGCGUAAUUUUGUUGCCCCACCUAACAUGAUUGUAAUCAGAUCAUUUGAUGUGAAUAAGCCUGGUGCUGAAGUUGAUGAAAUAAAAGGUGGUGUUGCUGGCGGAAGUAUACUGAGGGGUGUUUUGAAGGUGAAUCAAAAAAUUGAAGUCCGUCCUGGCAUUGUUGUUAAAGAUGAGAGUGGCAAUAUUAAGUGUACACCUAUCUUUUCAAGAAUAAUUUCACUUUAUGCGGAACAAAAUGAGUUGCAGUUUGCUGUUCCAGGAGGCCUUAUUGGUGUGGGGACGACAAUAGAUCCCACACUCACACGUGCUGACAGGCUUGUUGGGCAAGUUCUUGGAGAAGUUGGAGAACUACCUGAUGUGUUUGUUGAGCUUGAGGUGAACUUUUUCCUCCUUCGUCGCCUAUUGGGAGUGAGGACAAAAGGUACGGAGAAACAAGGGAAGGUAUCAAAAUUGGCCAAGGGAGAAGUUUUGAUGCUUAACAUAGGCUCAAUGUCAACUGGAGCUCGAGUGCUUGCUGUGAAAAAUGAUCUUGCAAAGCUCCAACUUACUUCUCCGGUCUGCACAAGUAAAGGAGAAAAAAUGGCACUUAGCAGACGAGUAGAAAAGCAUUGGCGAUUGAUAGGAUGGGGUCAAAUUCAAGCUGGAGUGAUGCUGGAAAUUCCCCAAGUGGCCAUAUAGAACAGCAAAUAAGCAAAUCACUUCUGAAAAAAAGACGGGGGCAUCAAUCAAGGAAAAAUGUGGAUAGGAAGAGAAUUAUUAGGGACAAUUUUUGUCAGAUGGAGAAGAAAACCUAUUGGUUAUUUAUAAGUUUUUAAGGUUUUAUUUUUGAUAGCUGCAAUACCAUCUUUACAAAAAGUAACCAAAUAGCUUGCAGUUUUUUUUUUCUUUAUAAUUAUUUGUUUAUGGUUCUUGAUGAUUGUUUCCAGAACUAGCUUAUAUGCAGAAUUCAUUUAAUUGUGAUCGCAUUGUGUAUUUUACUGA